GCACAGCUCACCCAAAGCCGGCGCGCCGCCGCUUUCGCCCUGAUCCGCGGCGACGGUACCGUUGUGACCUGGGGCCCUGGACGCUUCGGCGGAGACAGCAGCGCCGUGCAGUCGGAGCUCUGGGAUGUGCGAAAAGUUGUGGCCUCGACUUUGGCCUUCGCGGCUCUCCGCGGGGAUGGGGAGGUCGUGACCUGGGGCCACAAGGACUUUGGCGGCUUUUGCGACCCUGUGAAGGAGCAGCUGCAUCACGUCGAGCACAUCGCGGCAACGCGCGACGCCUUUGCAGCCGUUCGGUCGGACGGUGGCGUGGUGACUUGGGGCAACUCUGACUCGGGGGGCGACAGCUCCGCCGUUGCUACCGACUUGAAGAUGGUGAGGCGAAUCAGCGCCGCUAGCGAGGCUUUCGCAGCAGUUACGGCGGAUGGCCGGGUGGUCUCGUGGGGCCGUCCUGACUGGGGCGGCGACAGCAGCUCCGUUCAGGAGCACCUGACCGAUGUGGUCGCCGUUGCCGGUUCCAGCCGUGCCUUCGCGGCGUUGCGCCGCGAUGGGCGGCUCGUUUCAUGGGGAGAUCCAGAGUUCGGUGGCGAGCUCCCUGUUGCAGCGAAGAGGCUUUCCUCGGUUCAACACCUGGUUGCCUCAAAUGGGGCGUUUGCCGCCCUGCUGUCAUGUCGAGGUGUGGUAGCCUGGGGAGAUCCUCUUUGGGGUGGCGACUGCUCGGCGGAACAGACGAACCUGAAGGACGUUGAGUCCAUCACCGCCUCCGACGCAGCCUUUGCUGCGCUGCGUGCGGACGGCACGGUAGUUACUUGGGGCCACCGCAGCCGUGGUGGAGACAGCCAACCUUUCACGUCGCAACUCUACGACGUGCGUCAGAUUGUUGGCGCCAGCAAGGCUUUCGCCGCACUGCGAGGGGAUGGCGAGGUGGUCUGCUGGGGCCGGAUUGAGGCCGAACUUGAUGCAAGCAUCCGCUGCCGCGAUGUCGAGGAAGAUCUCAAAGAU